AUGCGGCUAAAAGAUGUAAUGACCAUCAAAUGGAAUCAGGGCAAAGGACCAUAUCGUAGUUUUGCAGAAUUAUACGAAGCCGUUCAAAAUUAUAUACAAAGGGAAAUACAAAGCGAUAGUGAUAGUGAUGAUGAUGAUGAUUAUCAAGAUGUUCCUAUAGAAAUACAUAGCGAUAUUGAUGAUGAUGAUAUUAUGGAUCCUCCACCUCCAAUGUCUAUUUUUAGAAACUAUUACAUAGGAAUAUGGCCGUAUCUCUACGUUAAAGGAGCAAAUCUAUAG